AUGAGCCUCUGCGACGAUUGCUUCAAAGGUGUCCGUCAUGAGGGAGAGCCGACGGGCAAGAUAGAGCAAAUUGGCGGCGUCGAGUGCUAUGUAGCGACCCCGGAAGGCAAUUACUCGAAGGACAAAGUCCUGCUCUUUCUCAUGGAUGCCUUUGGCGUCUCGCUCGUUAACAACAAACUCCUCGCGGAUGACUUUGCCCGCAACGGCAUCAAGGUGGUCAUGCC